GCCGCGCAAAAACAGGAGCAUUUGCCCUAAACCCCUCUUUUCGCACUCUGCCUCUUGUAGUGCGAAUUACCGUCUCUUCCUCCUACGGUAUUAAGCCAUUUUCGAUUCUCUUCUAUCCUUUCCCAUGACAAACACUGUGGCGGCUGCAAACGCUGAACUAGCUCGCUGCGUUUCGAGACCUUUUUUCGAUAAAACCACCAUUGUUGCUCAACCUCCUCUGGCAGUACGACCUAACCGCUUGCAAAGGUUUCCUCUUCUUUCUUUAUCCUUGCUGGAAAGAAAUAGCAUUGGCAAUAGCCGCUUGCGGUCGAUGUCCAAGGAAUCCGAUGGGUCAGGUGGGUUAACUUAUAAGGAUGCCGGUGUUGAUAUUGAUGCUGGAACUGAGCUAGUUAGAAGAAUCGCUAAGAUGGCUCCUGGAAUUGGUGGAUUUGGCGGACUUUUCCCCCUCGGCGAUUCUUACCUUGUUGCUGGUACUGAUGGUGUGGGAACCAAGCUCAAGCUAGCAUUCGAGACUGGAAUCCACGAAACUAUUGGGAUUGAUCUUGUUGCAAUGAGUGUCAAUGACAUUGUUACUUCUGGAGCAAAGCCAUUAUUCUUCCUUGAUUAUUUUGCGACAAGUCACCUUGAUGUUGACCUUGCUGAAAAGGUUAUUAAAGGAAUUGUAGAUGGUUGUCAACAAUCUGACUGUGCUCUGUUGGGUGGGGAGACUGCAGAGAUGCCAGACUUUUAUGCAAAAGGUGAGUAUGAUCUCAGUGGCUUUGCAGUAGGCAUUGUCAAAAAGGAUUCAGUUAUAGAUGGGAAAAGCAUUGUGGCUGGAGAUGUACUAAUUGGCCUACAUUCUAGUGGAGUCCAUUCAAAUGGUUUCUCUCUCGUUAGAAGAGUUUUGGCUCGUAGUGGUUUUUCUUUAAAGGAUCAACUUCCUGGUGCAGCAGUUACCUUAGGAGAAGCAUUAAUGGCACCAACUGUUAUAUAUGUUAAGCAGGUGUUAGAUAUAAUUGGCAAGGGAGGGGUGAAGGGGAUAGCACAUAUCACUGGUGGUGGUUUUACCGACAACAUACCCCGAGUGUUCCCAAAAGCCCUUGGUGCUGUCAUCUAUAACAAUUCUUGGAAUGUGCCACCUGUGUUCAAAUGGAUACAACAGGCUGGAAACAUCGAGGAUGCUGAGAUGAGGCGGACGUUUAACAUGGGCAUCGGGAUGGUUCUCGUUGUGAGCAAGGAAGCAUCUCAAAGAAUACUUGAAGAUGCAAGUGGUGCUUACCACAUCGGUGAAGUUGUGAAUGGAGAAGGUGUGACCUACAGCUAGAAACUGUAGCUUGUGCUGUAACAUGCGACAUUUAUUUCUCUGGUAAUCGGGAUGAGAUCUGCAUUCACAGCUCUUUCAUUGUUCCAUGCAACUUCAAAGUCCCUGUAUGACACAGUUGGUUGUAAUAUUAGAGAUCGGAUACAUGAGGCCGUUGGGAGGUUUUUGAACUCAUAAUAAGAUAGAAAUUAAGGUUGACCCA